AUGACAUCAGAAUCGCUCGAGGCGAAGUUAAAUGCUCUGCAGGAGUAUUCGGUUUGUGAUGUUUCAGACGCUCUUCUGAAAAUCCAAAAAGUACCAAAUGGUCAAAUUGCUCGGGCGGGAUUCCUCGCUGAUCUUGUGCCCUUCUCCCCUUCGCGGAUCAACUUCGAAAACCAACCCAAAAUAAUCGCCCCGGUGUCGACCUUCAAAUUCAUACCUAAAGAUGAUCCUGUCCCUGAAGAUACAUCACCAUCAAAGGAGCACAGCUUCCCACCGCGCCACCACUGGGUGGACUGUGCCCAGCCUGGUACUGUCGUAUUUAUCGAACAGCCAGCAGGCCAAUAUUGCGCCAAUGUCGGCGGCAUAAUGGCAGCGCGGAUGAAAGUCCUAGGAGUGAAGGGCGUGGUUGUGGAUGGCCGAGUGCGGGACCUGGCUGAGUUGCGGAGUACACAGCUCCAGAUCUGGGCCCGCGCAACAUCCACCGUUGGCACCAGCGCAGAGGCCAAACCGGGUGUUCGAAAUGUGCCGGUGAAUAUAAGCGGGGUGACGGUUUCUCCGGGCGACAUCGCGUUUUGUGACCCCCUUGAAGGAACUGCGGUGAUUCCCGCUGAACUCCUCGACGAAGUACUGGCCUUGGUGCCCAAACUUGCUGCGGCGGAUGAGAAGGUCAAGGAAGAUGUACUGAAUGGAGCAAAUGUCUUCGAUGCUUUUGAAAAGCAUCGCAGCAUGCAUUCAACUAAGUAA